GUAUCGACAUCUCAUCUCAAUUGACACUUUCAACAACAUCUCAUUGCCUCAAGUUCAUACUUACAAGAAAGAACCAACGCCAGUUGCAUCAAGAAAAGGACACAUCUGAUCAAGACAGUUCUCAUCUACACACAGCACAAUGGCAAGCCCCGAGGACUCCGUCAUCUCCCUCGAGUACCGCGGCCGCGUCGCGCUGCUCACAAUCGACAAUGACCGCAAGCUCAACGCCCUCGCCCAGCCGCAGUACUACGACCUCGCCCAGAAGCUCCGCGAGAUCGCUCUGCACGACGAGGUUUUCGUCACCGUCCUCACGGCCAAGGGACGCUACUUUUCUGCCGGCGCCGACGUAAGCAUCGCCCGCGCCUCCCCCUCAGGCCCAGAAGCCCACAAGCACUGGCUCCAAUCCUUCGUCGCCUUCAACCUAAACAUCACCCAAGCCUUCUACACCCACCCCAAGAUCCUCGUCGUCGGCCUCAACGGGCCCGUCAUAGGCCUCUCCGCCGCCUUGGUGUCCUUCGCCGACUUCAUCUACGCCACCCCCGCCACCUUCCUCCUCACCCCCUUUUCGUCCCUCGGUCUCGUGGCCGAGGGCGGCGCCUCCCGCGCGCUGGUGCAGCGGCUCGGGAUCUCCAAGGCUAACGAGGCGCUGAUUAUGAGCAAGCGGAUCUCGGCGGAGGAGCUGCUGCACACCGGGUUCGUGAAUAAGGUGUUUGAGACGGGGAAGGGGGAGGAUGCGAAAUUCAGAGAGUUGGUGCUGAAAGAGGUUGACGAGAGGUUGGGGGAGCAUUUGAUUGGGGAUAGUUUGACGGGGAUCAAGGCGCUGAUUCGGCGGCCGGAGAUGGAUGCGAUGGAUAAGCAGAAUUCGCAGGAGGUGUUUGCUGGGUUGGAGAGGUUCAUGAGGGGGAUUCCGCAGGAGGAGUUUAGGAAGAUUGCGAGUGGUGAGAAGAGGCAUAAGUUGUGA